GCUGAGAGUGGUUUCAGAGUCAUUAGUAUUCAACCAGAGAGUGUGUGUUAGGGUUUCUGUGAGGUUUCAAUUUUCAAUCAAUGGCGGAGGAGAGAAUCAGCGGCGUGGUGCAAUGGUUCAACAACACCAAAGGCUUCGGAUUCAUCAAACCCGAUGACGAUAGUGAAGAUCUCUUCGUUCAUCAAUCUGACAUCAGAUCUGAAGGAUUUCGCUCUCUUUCCGAAGGCGAUCGCGUCGAGUUCACCAUCGCCGAUGGCGAUAACGGCAAAACCAAAGCCGUUGAUGUCACCGGUCCUAAGGGUGAACCUCUUCAGGUUAGGCAGGAUAACCAUGGUGGAGGCGGCGGCGGUCGUGGAUUUAGAGGCGGUGAGAGAAGGAACGGUGGUGGCGGUUGUUAUACUUGUGGUGAUACUGGUCACAUCGCUAGGGAUUGUGAUCGUUCCGAUCGGAAUGAUAGGAAUGAUCGUUCUGGUGGUGGUGGUGGUGGAGACCGUGACCGUGCUUGCUAUACCUGUGGUUCUUUUGAACAUUUUGCUAGGGAUUGCAUGCGUGGAGGCGGUAACAACAACAACGGUGGCGGUGGAUAUGGUGGUGGAGGCACAUCUUGCUACAGGUGUGGUGGGGUUGGUCACAUAGCAAGAGAUUGCGCUACUCCUAGUAGCGGAGGUGGUGGAGGCGGCGCUUGCUAUAAGUGCGGUGAGGUGGGUCACAUAGCUAGGGAUUGCAGCAAUGAAGGAGGAAGGUUUGAUGGUGGCAAUGGAAGGUAUGAUGAUGGCAAUGGAAGGUUUGGUGGUGGCAACAGAAGAUUUGGCAGUGGUGGCGGCGGACACGAUGGAGGAAAAGGCACGUGCUUUAACUGUGGGAAGGCAGGACAUUUUGCAAGAGAUUGUGUUGAGGCUUCUGGUUGAUGGGAAAAGGUGGAAUAGUACAUAUUCUCUUUUUUGCACAAUUUAACAGUUUAAUUGAUUAGUACUAUUUUAUAAUUUCUUAUGAUUUUCGGGAUUCAAGUUUAUACUUAGGAUGCUAUGAGAAUGACUAUGAUUUUGGUUUUAUUUUUGUUUUUGACUCGAUUACCUGUUCACAGCCGAUUGGGCUGUCUUUCGUGGUUGAUUUACAUAGCUGAUAAAGACCUAUGAGACUUGGUUUAUGAUUAAUUAAAGCUCUGCGUUUCAUGUUAAA